AUGAAGCGCCCAGUAAGCCUUGACUGCCUCUUUGAAGAUGGAAUUAUGACGACAUCGGCGUUCCUGCGGACCUUUGAAGAAAAAGGGUUGAGAAUCGACCGGCCUGACUAUCAGUUGAGUAAAGAGAAGAAGGUCUUUUCCUUCUGCGAAGUGUGCAAUAUACAGUUGAAUUCAGCAGCACAGACUCAGGUUCAUUACAAUGGAAAGUCUCAUCUAAAAAGAGUAAAGCAGCUGAAUAAUGGGAAGUUACCUACAAGCAUGACCACGGGCAGUUUGUUUGCAAGCACCAGCACAGGCAGCACGUGCCACACGACUACUCUUCCUACCCUUGUUCGAACACCUACGCUAAUGAUGCAACCUUCCCUGGAUAUCAAACCAUUUAUGUCCUUUCCAGUGGACGGCAGUUCUUCAGUUGGACUUUUCCCCAAUUUCAACACUAUGGAUCCAGUGCAAAAAGCAGUCAUAAACCACACAUUUGGCGUGUCGCUUCCCCCAAAGAAGAAACAAGUCAUUUCUUGCAAUGUCUGUCAACUUCGCUUUAACUCUGAUAGCCAGGCCGAGGCCCACUACAAAGGAAGUAAACAUGCCAAGAAGGUCAAGGCACUAGAGGCAACGAAAAAUAGACCAAAAGCUGGUGCUCCCAAGGACAGCACAAAGGGUAAUGCGAGCUGCUCCGCCACGCCAGUUCCGGCCAGCCUCUCUGACAAAUCAGAAGACAAGGCAAACCUGAAAGCGAAUGGCUCGAGUCAGCUUCCAAAUGUCGAAGUGGUCCCUUUUAUAUCUCAAUCUGGCUCUACAGCAUCAGCUGCCACAAUGGGAAGACCCUCAUCGUCAACUUCCUCCAAGAGCACCAAUGGAAUGACGAAUGCUGUUUCCGAGUCGGAAGAGGAGAAAGCCAAAAAAUUGCUUUACUGUUCAUUAUGCAAAGUGGCUGUGAACUCCCUUUCACAGCUAGAAGCCCAUAACACGGGUUCCAAGCACAAGACGAUGGUUGAAGCUCGGAAUGGGGCAGGCCCAAUUAAGUCUUACCCUAGACCUGGAUCCAGACUGAAGACUCCAAAUGGCAUGAAGGGCUCAGGGUUGCAGAACAAGACAUUUCAUUGUGAGAUUUGUGACGUCCAUGUCAAUUCAGAAAUUCAACUUAAGCAGCACAUUUCCAGCAGAAGACACAAAGACAGAGUAGCAGGGAAGCCUACGAAACCGAAGUACAGUCCUUACAACAAACUGCAGCGUAGCCCAAGUAUUUUAGCAGCAAAACUUGCAUUCCAGAAAGAUCUCAUGAAGCCCCUGGCACCGGCGUUCCUUUCAUCUCCUCUCGCUGCCGCAGUGUCGACAACUUUGUCUCUUCCUCGUCCUUCCGCUGCUUUGUUCCAGGCACCAGCAAUACCCACCGCUCUCCUAAGGUCAGGGCAUGGCCCCAUCCGAGCUACUCCAACAUCGAUCCUUUUCACGCCCUACUGA